AUGAACAGCCUGGCCGGGCCCCUGGGAAGAAGAACCCAGUUGCUUAAGGGCUUACCUGCAACAAGCACUGUUGAAGAAAAUGCAGCAGCUGGUGUUACAGUUUAUACCUUUAAUGUAACUGUUUCUCCAUUGUCUUCUGAAGAUGUUGCAGUACUUCCUACCAUACUAAAUUCAAAUCCACUUGCAAAGGCUUUCGUUAUUGAACCAAAAGGAAAUCUCGAAUACAGGGUUGUUACCACUGGAAACCCUGUCCUGGAUUAUGAAACCAUGCCAAAUAGAGUUGAUUUGCAGAUUUUUGUGGAAGAUACAACUGGGAGAACUGACCUUAACAUACUGACUGUCCAAGUGACAGAUAAAAAUGAACAUCCCGUAUUUCAAGGAAAUAUGGCAAUUCAAACUGUAACAAUCUAUGUCUUGGAAGCAACACCUCCAGCACGCAUUUACCAAGUUAAAGCAGCUGAUCCUGAAAAUGCUAAACUCAAAUAUUCGCUGCUCCCUGCAUCAGUGCCAUUCUCAGUCUUCGAGAAUGGAGCCAUUUUUUCCAGGAAAGAAUUCGAUUAUGAGAAAGAUCCACAUUGUUACUUUUUAAAUAUAACAGUGACAGAUCCAGAUGGACUCAACUCGACUAAAACAGUGAAUAUCAAGAUAAUUAACAUCAAUGAUGAAAGCCCUUACUUCACCACAAAACAAAGAGUCUACAGGAUUCCAGAGGAACAAAGCCUACGCACUGUUGUUGCCAAUGUAUCAGCUAAAGAUCCUGAUGAUGAAGGUUCUCCCAGCAGACUUUUCUACAGCAUCCAGUCUUCUGACAGAUAUUUCUCCAUAAAUCCAUCAACUGGAGUGCUGCAGGUGACUGGGAGAAUUGACCGAGAUGCCCUUCCACUGCAGCUCCAUCCUAACAUCUCACUGAUAGUCUGGGUGGAGGACAGUCCCAGCGGUGGUCAUGCCAGCAAAAUGGAAAUCACAAUCAUUGUUGACGAUAUCAAUGACAACCCACCAGAAUGCAAUCCUUCUACCUUCAGGAAAGAGGCAAAUGAAAAUACAGCUGCUGGGACAUUUCUUCUUGAGCUUAGAAAUUACUGUAAAGAUAUUGAUGUUGAUCCAGCAAACAAUCGAUUUAGUUUCACUGGAUUAUCUGGUUUUGGAAGCAAUAACUUUGCUCUGGAGUCCACUGUGUCUGGGAGACUUGUGUUGACUGAAAGUAUUGAUCUAGAAAAUCCGUCUAAUCUAGGAGUUGAAGUUUAUUCAUUGACUGUCAGGGUGCAAGAUAUUGCCUCUCCUAACUACUCAAAUAUCAUCUACAUUUACAUCAGGAUAAAGCCAGUGAAUGAAUUUUUUCCAGUCUUCAGUAAUUUAUCAUAUGUAUUUAAUGUUCCAGAAAUUACUAAAGUUGGAUCCACCAUUGGAAGAGUGAAUGCCAGAGACAAGGACUGGCCACCGAGUGCCAUCACUUAUUCCAUUGUAGCUGGAGGAGGCACCAGGAAUUACGCAAAUAUCUUCUGGAUCAGCCCAACCAAAGGACAUCUGAAGGUUUUAGCUAGAUUAGACUAUGAAACAGCUCAGAAACACAUUCUAACAGUACAGGCCUCAGACGAAGAGAAGACUGCAACCGCAUCUGUAACUGUCAAUGUUUUGGAAGUAAAUGAUGAAGAACCAGUUUGUUCACCCAAUUUCUAUUCAUUUCAAAUCCCAGUCAGCUUAGCUGUUGGGACCAAUAUUAAUGGCUUCAGGAUUGAAUGCCAAGAUCGCGAUUCUGAGCCCAGGUCUUUCCGUUACUUCAUUAAUGAAGGCAACGUGAACAAUCAUUUCACCUUUUCACCAAGCGCCGGCUCCAAUGCAUCGCGGCUGAUUCUUGCAUCAAGGUUUGACUAUGAAAGUGGACUUGAUACAAACUGGAUUUACAGACUGCGUGUCUAUAUAACAGACGACAAUCUAUUGUCUGCCAGGGACAAAACUACACACCUAGUUAAAACUGGAACAGUGACUUUAAGCAUCAGAGUUAUCCCAAACCCAACUACUGUCAUUACCGCAACGCCUGGCUUCACUCUUGUGACAAAAAGGGAAAACCUCUACUCGGGAUCGGCGUGGUACGUGCCGUUCGUCAUCACCCUUGGCAGCUUGCUGCUCCUCGGACUGCUGGGCUACCUGGGGCUCCUGCUGGCGACCUGGGUCCGCACCCACUGCUCUCCGGCAGGCAGAGCACACAGCACACCUCCGAUAAAUGCUCCAGAAAAGAAGAAACCUAAGAAAGAUGUGGUUGUGACAAUGACAAAGCUAAACACUGUCUUUGAUGGUGAAGCCAGAGACCCAGUUACUGGCAGAAUGUAUGAAUUCAAUACACAGUCGGGGGCCCGGAGGUGGAAGAAGAGCAAUGAGCCCCUUCAGCCAAAGCUGGCCCUGCAGGUGACAUCCAGUGCAACAGAUGACAGUGGCCAAGGGCCAGACACAACAGAGGCACCCAGCAAAAAGGAGCCUUCAGACAAGGGGAAAGAGCUGACUGCAGAGACAAAACCAGCUUCCAAGCUCGCAGAAGGGCAAUGAGAAAAACGAGGCGAGGAUGGGCUGAAAUUACAAAAGCAGAAAGAGCAGUGUGAGGACAGGGAGUUAUCCUCACCAGCCCCCUGAGGCAGGUACUGACCUCCUCUCCCAAAAUGAACACUGUGUUGCCAUUAAGCCAGCCUUAAAGCAGAGUGCAUGAGACUCCAAUGACCUCUGCUCUGAACAGCCAAAGAACCAGAUGUGAUUUUCUCUCUAUAUGUCUCAGCUGUAAAACAUAAGGUGGCCAUUGCUGCAUAAACUGAAGCUGAAGGCAGGAUGAAGCCAGACUUACCUUUGGCAGGUGCAGCUAAGAGUGAGAGAGAAGGGGAGGGCGUGAAAGGGGGAGAAGAGAAAACAAAAGCAGAGUCAUGGACAGAAGCAUUCGCUGCCUCUGGGCUACAGCCACUGGCAGUUUCCUCCUGGAAGAGCUCUGCAUCCCCAGACAGACAUGGCCACAUCCUCUGACUGCCUUUGGGGAGGGCAGCCAACACACAGACAUUCUUUCUCAAGCAGUGAAUGUGGGUCUCUUGUCCCUGCUGAGCAGCAGAAAGGGUUAAAAGCACAUCAGAGUUGAAAAGCUUUCUGGUAAAAGCUAAAAAUAUUUCUUCUCAUUCGGUAUUUUGUAUCAGCCCUUCCUUGCCCUCCCAUCUUGCUGUAGUAAAGACCAUGGCUUGAAAGCAAUUUUAGAGUGGAGAAAACUCAAAGCUUGUUAUGAUAUCUCAGGCUGUCAUGUCAACACUUUCAGCUUAUUUAUCUUUUGUAACACUAGCAGCAUUCAAUAUCUUCACCUUUGGUAUUUCCACUGGUGUAUUUAAUGUUUUACAGAAUCAAGUGGAACACACUCAAAAGAAUAAUGACAGUAAACACAUGGGGUGAAAUAAUCUUGUCCAAGUGUGGGCAUGUAUAAUGUAAGUGCUGUCUAAGAAACUGAUAUAAACCAAGCAAACUCUGCAAGAUCUCAGAAAAUUAUCUUAAUCUGAAGAAAAUGAAUUAUAAAUAAUGACUUAA